AUGGAUGUAGAGGUUGGACACUCCGCGAACAAAGCCGCUUUAUCGGACGAUUCACUGCCAGAAAUCUCUUACGAGCCCACCCAGGAGGAGUUGGAGCGUGAAUUACCGGUCGUUUACGAUGGCCAAAUUCCUUUGGGAGACUUGCUCUCUCGAGUGUCCCAGUCAAUAUACGGGGAGCUUUCUGAACUAGCGGAAACCAUGCCAAAUAUGUCGGACACCGCUCGGAAGCGCGUUCUAGCUGACUGGGUCGUAAAAACGAAGAAACAAGUCGUUAAACUAUAUGCUGUUGCGAAGUGGUCGAGAGAUGCGGACACAAUCCAAAAAUGCAUGAACAUAACCGCGUUCCUUAUGACCCAGAAUCAGCAAUUCGACGACACCAUUGGAUCAUUGGCCCGCACGAAGGAGGCAUUGGAUCCUGCAAGACUCCGCAACCAUGAUCUUUUGACCUCGUUGGAUGUUUUAACGACAGGUUCAUACUUGAGGCUGCCGACAUGCAUCAAGAAGCUUGCCAUACCCCCUACUCCCUUGACAGACGCCGAAAUCGACAAAACCUUUGCUGACAUGGAGGAGGCAAUCCGAUACCGGCUUCGCAUGUCGGAACUCAUACCCGUGGAGAUGUCUGAAUACCGCAUAGCGGAAGGGCGUGUAUUCUUUACUGUCCCCAACUUAUUCAAGACAUCCAUGUGCCUACGAGGAGGCGCGAAGGACGACGGGUGGUUUUUCUUGAAUGUCGAGUUCCUAAUAGGUGUGGGUGGUGAUCUGACAGGUCUGCAAGAAUUCCCGCGCGUUCCGCCCAAUAUCAUGAAGCACCAUAUUGCCGAUGAAGCCAACAAUCAGCUCGCUCGCUAUCUACCUCCUCUACCUGACCAGCAACAGAUACCUGGAGCUCAACCUCGUCCGCAACUCCCAGAAGGUGUGGUAGACGCCCCGCUCAUUCGCGUCUAUAAUUUUCUGCAAAUGAUGUCUUUGUCCUAUCAACUUGAAAUAUUGUGGUACCAGGCUGAACGGAUGAGAUCACUCGGUUGGGCGGACUAUAUGUCGGUCCAGAUGUCGCCAGACAGGAAGACCAUGAGAGCAACAUAUUGGCUCCGACCACCAUACCCUAAUCGACCUCGGAAUCAAGUUCCCCUCUUUGGUGGAACGCUGUCAAUAGCGAUCGUGGAAACCAGGGCCCCGAUGCAGACAGGUAGAGGACCUGCUCGCACGUCCCGGCAGCGCGUUAUCGCUCGUUUGCAACAAAAGUCUAAAACAGGUAGUCGCAGACCUUCAGACGAGGUCGAGGGUCUGAAGUUUGUGGUUCAGUGGGAACCUGCCCAGGGGGCGCUUGGGGCGUUUAUACGCCCAGAGGAAUCAGUAUUACCUCCCGACUUCAUCCGGGUGGAUGCCAAUAAUCUGGACUUCGAAUCUAUGUUGUGCAAGGCCAUCCAGCGACAUUCGAAAUCCAUCCUGGCGAGUUUCCGGAAUCAUCUGCAGAGCAGUAAGGUGUUUGCACCGCCUGGGGUUGUUUCGCUCGUCAUGGAUAGUAAUACCCAAGCCCUUCGUAUUCAUUUUUGUGGUGAUGAAGUUGCAAUCAUUACUAUCGAUGUCAGAACGGGCAAGAUAAAUGUUCGUGAUACUGGUGAUCUUGCUGCAGCUGGACGUGGGCCUCGUUUCGCUGUGUUCACUGAGGGAAUAAACUCGAAUCCUGCGGUUUUGUUGGAAUGGCUUUGCCGUCUACGCCUUUCGACUAUCCUUGACUCGGCAGAGCAAAAAGCAAAUUACCUUGGCCUUCAAAGCUACCGUCGCCGGAACAUUCCACACGAGGAGAUGGGCAAACUUGGGCCGGAAGCUCGCGGCACUCUCUUCAUCCGGCUUGCAAACUUCCCAACUCACUACUUGGUUCUUGUAGUUACCGACGAACGAUUCCAGUACGCUAUGAUUGGCACCAAACCAAAAAGGGACUCUAAGUAUGCGGCUUUCGUCUUGGAAGAUAUCGCUUGGAUCGAUUUCGACCGCCUACGUGCUGCCUCCCAACUUUCUGCAGGGAAUGAAAAGUCAGCAAUUAGCCCUAACCAGCUAGAAGAAAGCAUCUUCGAUGUGCCCAGAGAGGUUUAUUCCAGAUUCAAUCUGGACACUCAAGGUCUGAGAGAGCUGUAUAGCUAUUGCUGUGCACGGGUAUCGUUCUACAAGGUGGAAAGUCAAUUGAGACUCCGUGGCAUCCCAUUCGAGCAUGUCAAUUCCUUCAAUUCGUCGCCUCCACCUCCAGAAGUCGCACUCAUACAAUCAUCUCUCGCUCGAUCCGUGCCAGGUCUUUGUGUCAAGUCGGAACAUAUUCUCUCAGGUGCACCUGCCGCUGAAGCCGCCAUGCCAAACAUAAGGGUGAUACCCUUGAACUGGUGGUCACACGAGAAGGCUCAGGUCGUGACUUGUGUGAAACUAAAAUAUGUUCAACAACCUAUGGGCAAAAACGCAGUGGGAAGUACUGUCAUUCGGCCCUCAAAGCGUAUCAUAUACGACACGAAAGAGGCGAUUGUAUCUUUUCUUUCGGACAACGUCGACACUUGUGUUGACGAGUUCCUCGAGGAAUGGGCGAGUGUCUCAAAAAUGGUUGUAAUUGCCCGAGAAGUCGCCCAGAUGGCAAGACUCACAAAGUGGCACGGUGUUCGGCUUCUUUCCUUCGACCUGCGAGCAGUCGAAUUUGCUUAUGCUCAAGACUAUGCCGUUUCCAUCUCAUGUGAAGGCCAGCUUUCACCAGGCGGUGGUACUUUCGACCUGGAAUUUUCACGUCUACGGCCUCAGGGUGCAAUGGAAACUGAUAACGACGAAGACACCUACAACCCUCACGAAGAAGCGGAACCAUUUUUGCGGAAUAUUUUAAGACAUGGUCAUGGGCGCUUGGCAUCUUCACUGCAUCGCCUCGUUAUGCUUCUUCGGGAUUCCCUACCCAUAGUCGUCGAGUUAGAGCAAAUCCGACGAGACGGAAAGAAAAAGGGUAGGAAUCUUGACAUCUUUGCCAAGGCCACAGGGUGGUACCGGCUUCUGUACGACGAUUUAAGACAUGCUUUGGAUUUCCGGUUGAUGAGCGGUCAGAGGAUUGCCAUUCUGGACGCAUCCUACUCAUUAUUCGACCUGGAGAUGUCUGAUAAGGCUGCAAUGAAGGUCGAGAGCACGAUUGAUGGGCUGAUAUUACAGCCGCUUCCUGACUUCCGGAAUAUCGUUGCGGCUGCCGUCCGAGACGGGAUGAACUCUGGAAGGCUGUCCAAAGGAAAGAUUGCCGCUCUUGAGGCUGGGGUUGUUUGCAAUGCGGGUGGUGUAGGCUACCUUAUACAGGUGAUACAUAAUCAGGUGCUUGACCGUCUAAAGAGUUAG